CCGAGCACGAUGACGACAAAUACUCCGGAAAUCCUCCUUCUAUCUUUGCUGGUUCAAUCGCAACGGGCUUCCAUUGAGCAAAGCCAUGAAUUUUUAUUACAUUCGCUUGCCUCCAGUUCCAAUGUCAGCUGGGCAUCAACCGUUCAUGAGGCUCUAGAGCAUCUCGACCACGAAGCACCGCCACAGGGGAUUUUAGUAGCAAAUCCGGCGAUUGUCCACCCUAAAUACGACGAGGUGUCCACGAAGCUAGUAGCCUAUGUUCGCAAGGGAGGCAUCGUAAUACAUGGUGGCUUUUUCAGUGCCGAUAUACGACCGGACGACUUAGAAAGGUACAUGCAAGCGAAGUGGGCAUUGCCUUGGAGAGCUGGUUCCUAUUAUCGCACGACAUUGUAUCUGAAUGAGGAGGCGCUCCCUCGCACCACGACCGGGCUUCUCUCCUCAUACAGUCAAAAAGCAGUCUUUCUUGAGGAUGUCGAUCCCAGUAUGGCGUGGUAUGCGAUCUCAGAUCGCUCCGUCGUGGAGUCACUCGCGCCAGGGUCUGAAAUCAACCUUCUCGACACUCCAGUUGCAUUUGCUCGAUUUGAAGAUGGAUGGAUUGGCUACCUUGGGGAUGUGGAUGGCGAAGAAGGAACUGUUGCAGUCAUCCUUAAGAUGUUCGGCCUGAUCUAG